AUGGGUAAAAAAGUGAGAGAAUACAAAUCAGGCGACUUUAUAUUUGCUAAAGUUAAAGGAUAUCCAGCAUGGCCAGCUCGGGUCCAAAAAUUAAACGGCAAGAAAUAUUAUGUAUAUUUCUAUGGUACUGGAGAAACAGCUAAUCUACCACCAACCAUGAUUUUUGACUAUGCAGAGAACAAAGAUAAGUUCCUCACCAAGAUGGUCAAGCGUCGAGAUUUCAGAGAUGGAGUCAAACAAAUAGAACAUGACUUUGCAAACAAUGUACCACUGGAGCAGGUUAUUGGCGCUUUGCCUGAGGCACCCAGUGAUGCCACAGCCAAUGAUACUAUGGACGAUACUGCGAACGACACAAUGGAUGUAACUGCUGACACAACAGCAGCUGAUGAAACUAUGGCUGAUGACACCACCGUGAACGCAAGUACGAAUGAUGCAGCUGUCGAAGAUUCUGAUGAUACUGGCACUCUUGUUAUUGAUGAAGGCAAGCAAAAAGGCAAGAAGGGUAAAGUAGAAGCCAAAGCCAAGGAAACCCCCGCAAAACCAGCGAAGGAACCAAAGACACCUAGAGGUAAAGCUAAAAAAGAAGAAUCUAAAGAAGAGGAUGAAGAAGCUAAGAAGGAGGAAGAGAUCGUGAGCAGAAGCGGUAGAAAGAUUAGGCCAAAGAGGUACAUAGAUGAGCAAACAGAAGAAAACGCGACUCUACCUUCCCCGGCACCCAAGAAACGCCGCGGUGCCUCUCCCGGACCUGCUCCGGACAAAGAGAAGGAAAAGGAGAAAAAUGCAGAAUCGAAAGAGAAGGUUCCAGAAAAAAAUAUUAAGCAAUUCAAUGCUGUUAAACAGUCUGAGCUGGAAGACCUAAAGGAACCAUUUAAACCAGAAGAUGCUGAAAAAGAAAAUAUCCUGAUCACAUAUCUCCCAUCGGGACAAUAUGUGGGCAUCAAGCUAUUCCAAGCCAGACCAGCUGGCUUCAAGAAUGAGGCAGCAAGACUCCAGUGGGACAAACAAGCAGCUUCUAACGCUGUUACACUAAAAAUGCAAUUGGAAAAAGGACAGAUUACUUCACAAUCAGUGGUGGCGCAACUGGUCACCGAUCUCAACCUCACGGACGAGGAGAAAGCCACACUUGAUAAGGAAAGGGAGACUGAGGAAAAGAAAUCUCGCGUACAGUUUCUGAAGACAGAAAUGAAGUUGAUCGAACUAGACGCUAAGAUAAAAACGUGUUUGUGUCUCGAGAAGGCAGAUACCGACAUGUGUUUGAAAUUACUCGACGAAUUCAUGGAAUUGGACGUGAAGCCACUGAUGCUGCUGAAGCACCCGACGUGCCUGGAGACCAUCAAGCGCAUGCGCGCGUACGUGGGUAACACACCGUCCUGGGAGCUGAGCGAGAGCGCCGCGCACGUCUUUAACAAGCAGGCCUCCAACAUACGCAAGCAGGCCGACGUCAUGUACAAAAAGAUGAAGGAGCUGUUCACAACACCAGAAGGUUUAUCUUUCUGGGAGUUCUUCACAGAGCGCGUGCUGCAAUUCAAGAAGGUGACGUCUAAACUCACUGCUGACGAACUCUUGGAAAUGAUCCAUGAACCAAUUGGAAUGUCCUCACCAACAUCUCAUACAAUGAAGACAGCGGUAGAAGCUGCCAAUGAGGAUGAACAACAACCUGAAGACACCUCAGAAGAGCCACCACAGAAGAAAAAAGCAACACCAGCCAAAAUCAAAAAGGCAACAAACAACACACCAUCAAAGCAGCCUCUGAAACGUCAGUCGUCUAGAAAAUUACAACAAGAAGAGAAAGAAAAAGAAAAAGAAACAAAUAAAGAAAAAGAUGAAACACCAAAAUCAGACCAACCAGAGAACUCAGAAGAAGCCGAAUCCAGCAAAGCAGAGACUGAAACAUCUGAAAAGGCACAAGGGGAAUCUACAGAAAAGACAGCAGAAAGCACAGAAGAACCUGCCAAAGAAGCUGUAAAUACUUCUGAGGAAACUAAAGAAGAUGCUAAAGAGGAAAAUGAUAAAGAAGCAGAAAGAGUCACAGCACCAAAUGAUAAGAGUGAAAAAGAAGUCGAGAAGAGUUCACAAGAGAGUGAAAAAGAGAAACCGGAGAAGCAGGAAGUAGAACCCAGAGCGAUUAGAUCUAGAGAGAGUAAGAAGACUGAAGCCCCACCGCCACGGUCGCCAGCCAAAAGAAAAUCAAAAUUCUAA